AACUAUUUCAUUUUAUUUUAUAUUUAUUUUUAAUUUGUGAAACAUAAAUGCAAACAUGAAAGAUCCUUAAAUGGAAAGAUAAACCCUGAUCCUUCUCCUUCUCCACGCCUCCUCUUCUCCUCCUCCUCCUUCUCAAAUUCUAAGGAAAUAGAGAGGAUGUGGGAUUUGAGAAACACCACCUUGUUUCUUAGAUUUCAUUUGCUCUUUCCAUUCAUCAUCUUCUUCUGCUUGUUUUCCUUCUCUCUUGCUUCUUCUAUUGAUGGAGAUAAGAAUGAAUUAAAUCAAUGGAGGAGGACCAUUUUUGAGGAACCAUCAGCAACAGUGAAGAAAGGUUCCUUUAUCUUGGCUGCUGACAGGACAUACAGACAGGAUCCUACAAAUGGCUACAAAUACUACACUGGUGGUUGGAACAUCAGCAAUGAGCAUUACUGGACUUCUGUGGCAUCCACUGCUUAUCCACUCUUCAUUGCGGCACUCUUGUGGUUCGUCGUCUUUGGUUUAGUAUUGUUACUUAUAUGUUGCUGCUGUUGCUGUUGCCGGAGGAAGUCGUACUCUUACUCUCGUAUCGCUUAUGCUCUCUCAUUGAUUCUGCUUAUUAUCUUCACCAUUUCUGCGAUGGUUGGAUGUGCUGUUCUUUACACUGGUCAGGGUAAGUUCAACAAGAGUACUUCCAGUACUUUGGAUUAUGUUGUCGGUCAAUCGAACUUAACAGUGGAGAAUCUAAGCAAUUUCUCCAGUAAUUUAGCAGCCGCAAAGAAGGUAUCUAUUGAACAGAUCUUGUUGCCAGCUGAGGCUCAGGUUAAGAUUGAUAUGGUUCAAAAGAAGCUUAAAUCAGCUGCAGAUGAACUUGCAUCCAGGACAAAGGAUAACUCAAGAACUAUUCGGACUGUGCUUCAAACUGUCCGCUUGGAUUUGAUUAUUCUUUCAUCAGUGAUGCUUGGUUUGGCAUUUCUUGGAUUCUUUUUCUCUGUUCUUGGACUGCAGUGGCUUGUUUCAGUUUUGGUGAUCCUGGGAUGGAUUCUUGUUACAGUCACAUUUAUCUCGACCGGUGUUUUUCUUCUUUUACACAAUGUUGUUGCCGACACAUGUGAUGCAAUGGAUGAAUGGGUACUUCACCCUCAAGCACACACCGCCCUCGACGACAUCCUUCCCUGCGUCGAUGCUGCAACUGCAAAUGAAUUCUUAUACCAAAGCAAGGAAGUCACAUCCCAGCUAGUAAAUGUAGUUAACCAGGUUGUAAGCAACAUCUCCAACAGCAAUAUACCGCCUUUUCUCGGACCACCUCUGUACUACAACCAAUCUGGUCCUUUGCUCCCCUUGGUCUGCAAUCCAUACAAGACAGACAUGACUAAUCGUACAUGCUCCACCGAUGAGGUCGAACUCCUUAAUGCAGCUAAGGUAUGGCAGCAUUAUACAUGUAAGACUAGUAAAGUCGACGGUGGUGAUAUAUGUGUGACUACGGGUAGGAUCACACCAGAAAUGUACAAUCAGCUCACGGCUGCUAUUACCUUGAGCCAAGGACUCAAUCAUUAUGCGCCGUUUCUUGCUGACUUACAAGAUUGUACAUUUGUUCGUGAUACAUUUACCAGCAUCAGUGAAAAGGAGUGUCCCGGACUCGAGAAGUUCAGUAAAUGGAUUUACACAGGUUUGCUAAUGGUUUCAAUUGCAGUAAUGCUAUCACUCGUAUUUUGGCUUGUUUAUGCGAGGGAAAGACGACAUCGAAAAUUCGGAAAACAGGGCUUUUAUCAGAAUAGUCAUGUGCCAUUCAGGAAUGUGCCGUAGGAAAUUGAAUUGAAUGAAAUUUCUGAAAAUGUUUGAUGCUUCA